GCGUGGAUCCCACCAAUCCGACAAAAAAUAAUAAAUGCUUACACCUGUGACGCCAAGAUUAAAUCAGUUGGGUGUGUGUUCCUUCCAAAGCGUCAAUGGUAGUUUAUUAGCAAACCCAAGGUGCUCACAAGUGGACGAUACUGUUUAGAGUUUACGCAAGCUAAUAAUUCUUAGAAAACGACUAUAAAAUAAUUAUUUCAAAAGCGGAUCAACACAAACGCUAUAUAAACACAAUGCCUCAACAGGAACAGGACUCACAACAAACAUUUUUGGGCUUCGAUUUGAGUACGCAAAAGCUUAAGGCGAUUCUCUUAAAUGCCGAACUGAAAGUUAUUGCCUCGGCAGAGGUUAAAUUUGACAGUGAUUUACCAGAGUUUCGAACCACAGGAGGCGCCAACCCGGGCCCAAAUAAGUUCGAGUACUUUGUUCAGCCUGUUAUGUGGGUAAAGGCUAUGGACAUUGUUCUGGAUCGAUUGGUAAUACAGGAGGUUGAUCUGAGCACUGUUGUUGCCAUUAGUGGCUCUGCCCAGCAGCAUGGCUCCCUGUACUGGUCAAAGCACGGCAUUGCUGCUCUACAGACUCUAGAUGCCGAAAAGUUUCUGCAUGCGCAAAUCGACGAUUCAGCGUUUGUGGUGAACAGAACGCCUAUCUGGAUGGACGCAUCAACUUUGAAGCAGUGCUUCGAAAUGGAAACGGCCAUUGGUGGACAGACUGAAAUGGUUCAGAUGACUGGUUCCAAGUGCUAUGCGCGCUUUACGGGGCCACAAAUACGAAAAAUUUACCAGCAACGUACUCACGCAUACGAGGACGCGCAGAGAAUCUCGUUGGUUAGCAGCUUUCUGGCUUCGCUGUUCCUUGGGAAAGUAGCGGCAAUUGACUACGCUGAUGGCUCAGGCAUGAACUUGUUGGAUAUUCGCCACAAAACGUGGUCAAAAACUUGCCUUAAUGCUUGUGCGCCCGAUCUGGAGGAUCGCUUGGGUGAAGCAGUGAGUGGGUUUUCUAUCCUGGGAAAUGUCAGCGAGUACUUUGUGCAGCGCUUUUGCUUUCCGCCUACAUGCAAAGUCGUUGCCUGCACGGGCGAUAAUCCUUCUGCUCUGGCAGGAAUGCUUGUCGACAGAAAUUGGCUGAGUAUAUCACUAGGUACCAGCGACACGCUGAUGAUGAGUCUGGAAGAACCGCCUAAUCUAGAAGAGGGACACGUACUAUGCCAUCCAACGGAAUCGCAUGAAUAUAUGGGUCUUUUGUGUUUCAGAAACGGGUCAAUGGUUCGCGAAGCGAUGAAUAAAUCAGAGGCUGACGGCAACUGGGAGAAGUUCAAUGAGUUGCUGGAUUCUACACCACGUGGUAAUUUUGGCAACAUGGCUCUGCACUUUAACGAAAUGGAAAUCAUACCCAAGGCGAAAGGAACGCUUCGCUGGAACAAGGACAUCCAUCCGAGUUCUAAUGACGCCGUAAAGGGUGUACUUAAAUUUAGCUCGCCGCAAAUUGAAAUUCGUGCAUUAGUGGAGGGUCAAAUGCUACAUCAUCGUGCUAUUGCGGAGGACAUGGGCUUCCACUUCGGCAACCAGACUAAAAUCCUUGCUACCGGUGGUGCCUCAGUCAACCAAUCUAUUCUUCAAGUAAUUGCUGAUGUUUUCAAUGCACCUGUCUACAAACAAAAUGAAAGUGAGGCGGCGCUUCUUGGUGCCGCAUAUCGAGCAGCGUAUGCUUUCUAUUUAAAUAAGAAUGAGCAGAGGGAACCCAUUAACAGCUAUCGCGACUACAUCCUCAGCAAGACGCCAAAUCACCUUAAGCUAGUUUGCGAGCCGAAUAAAGAUAGUGAGACCGUAUACACGCCUAUGUUGCAACGAUACAGGGAUAUGGCGCGCGUUCUCGAAGGUCAAUUGGCUCACUGAACCUUUGUAUAAUCCCUACGUGGUCGUCUUUUGUAACUCCGCGCUCCACGAAUUAAAUAUUGAAUAUCACCCAAGCACUUUGGACACCACAUUCCAUACUCCAAAUUUUAUAUACUGAUAUAUACAACUAAAGUGCAAUUAACAAAA